AUGAUGAAGGGAUCUGGCGUCCUUGACCUUCUAGCAAACAAGACUCACCUUCAGGAGAAAGCAGACGACACUGUGAGAAGCAUCCCAGGAUUCAUAGACAAAGUCAGCGUUGUCUACGAUCGUAAAAAUCCCGAUGGCUUGUCUCAAAAGAUUGAGAAUGCUUUAGGUUAUCUCAGCACGGAGAAGGAUUUGAGCGGGGGAGAUGAUAGGGAGGCUGUCCUGGACCAUCCUACAACCUCUGGCCUCAUCACUGUACAGCCUGAGGAGGAUGUCCAGCAACCUGUUCUUGAUCAGUUCAACGCAUCGGCCGGGAGACCCGUUCUGAUACAGCGAGCCGUGUUUAAAGUAAGACCCAACAACGCAGGCAUUAGGUUCAUAGUCCCAGUUCCUGGCACAGGAGCUGUGAUCGGAUACGAUUCGAGUCCUCGACAUCUGGACGUCGUGGACGAGUGCGGGAACAAGAUCCAGACCUUCGAUGCCGUGCCAAACACAACCUGCGCACUACUUCUGGGCCAAACCAACCUGGCGUUGUGCACGUCCACCCCGCGACAACUGAGCCAGAGACGACUGCCGCAGUUCAGUCCCAUCUCGUAUCGCACCAGCGAACUGCCCAUUAUCCCCACAGGCCUAGCUGUCAGGAACCCCCGUGAACUAAUCGUCUGUGGCAAGGAGAAGGCGGGCAUUGGAACGGGAAUAUACAGAUACAGCCUGGAGACGAAACAAAUUCGCUGUGUGUACGCAAAUGGCGACCUUCACAUUCUGAAAGCGCCCUCUAGCGUCGUAGUCACUCAAGAUGGCGACGCUGAGGUCUUCGUCGUCUCUGACCCAAAACGCAAGGCCGUAUUUUUCUUCGACAUAGCAGGGAACCUCCUGAAUACUUUCCCUACUCAACGUUGCAGCUUCUGUCCAGAAGGCCUAUGCUGCGACGCGGAGGGCAACGUCCUUGUCGCUGACAAGGGAAAUAACUCUGUCGUGCUUCUGUCUCCCAUGGGCGUAUUCAUUCAGGAACUGACGAGAGGCGUUAAUCCCCGGGCCCUCAGUUUUGACGGGUCCGGGAGGCUAUGGUUGGGGGAGUCUGAGGGGACUAUCACCAUCUUUGAUUAUGUGAUGUAGAUUGAUGGGGUUAUUGGAGGAGGCAAUUUAUUUUAUACCGUUAUAAAAGUAUUUCAUAGAUGGACUUGAAAACUAGAAACGUCAUAUUUACCUCCAUAUUUUGUAGGCACAUUUUCAUAAAAUAUUUCUAUUAUGUUAUGUAUAGGUUUUAGGAUUUAUUUUUUUCCUACUAAAAAUGUAUCAUGUAACAUUUAUACUUUGAUGUCUAACGUUUUCGUGAACCAGAAACCAUUUAAACACAGUGAAAUAUGUUUAUAUAUACAUACUAUACAAACGGGUUAAAUUGUGUAUUUUUUA